GUAGAUUCGAGUUACUCCCCCAUCAAGGAGAUGAGAUGUAUUGAACGGGAGAGAGUUUCACAAUGGAUGGGGGCGAAAAGAUAUCAAAACCAGAUCCAGUUCAUAACAUUGUCGAAAAGGGAGCUCUCUUAAAACAGCAUAUUUCCAAUUUAGUGAGCAGUAGACUCCUCGCUAUGCACGGGCGACCACCCGCCCAGUUCCAUUCCAAUUUCAAACGUCGUGAUGACGAAACGAUAGACCUGGGAGAAAAGUCUUGCAAACGGAUCCUCGUAGCGGGCGCUAUGACACUGGUCAUGGUUGGAAUCAUGGCAACACUGGUUGGCGGUAUAAUUAUGGCAGUUACAGAAGCAGAUACCGUACCAGAGACAGUCACAGCUCCCGCUCUUGGUCUAACAUGUCCGGGAGAUAUCGUGAGGAAAACGGCACGAGGCCGGUCGGAUGCGCUGGUGUCAUGGAGAAGCCCCACGACCCACUUUAUAGAAAACGACCCCAACAGCACAGUGGAAAUCGUCAGUAACUACGAACCGAAUUCAUGGUUCAGAUAUGGCGUGCAUGAAGUUAUUUAUUCAGUUAUUGGCAACGCUGAUGACGACGGAAAAGAGGAGACUUGCUCGUUCAAAGUAACCGUCAAAGACUUGGAGCGGCCGAAAUUUGACGAUUGCCCAGGGAACAUUGAGGUAGUCACCGACAUCAAUGGGGAAUUCGUGGUCCCGCCGUGGAGCAAGCCCAAGGCGACUGACAACGCUGGGAUCCCCAGACUUAGUUCGACAUACAGUGGGCAGCCGUUUCAUAUCGGUACCACACCGGUGCGAUACGCGGCGACGGAUCAGUCGGGCAACACUGCAAGAUGUUCAUUUAAAGUCAAUGUUAUAGAUGGAACCCCACCGGUGAUUGAAAACUGCCCGGAUGACAUAACCAUCACCACCGGUCAACCAGAGUGGACAAUGCCCACAGCUAAAGACAACGGUCAACUGGUCAGUUUCUAUUCUGAUAGGACAUCGGGGGACAUAUUUCCAGUGGGUCGUACAAUGGUGACUUAUACCGCUGUAGAUGAUGUAGGUUUGACCAGCGAGUGUAGUUUUAUUGUUACACUAAUCGAUUUGGAAGCUCCAGUUUUUACCGACUGUCCGGAAAACAUUACAGCCACAACGGACAAGAACGGAACAUACCUCGCACCGACCUGGCAGGUACCACGGGCUAUCGACAACACAGGGCCCGCCGACGUCUCAGCGAUUCACGCUGACGAGGAAUUUGAACUCGGUCGGACUACCGAAUUUACGUACAUGGCCACAGACGCAGCUGGGAAUACUGCCAAUUGUACUUUUUAUGUUACAGUGAAAGAUGGUACCCCGCCUGUUAUCGCAGACUGCCCAACCAAUAUGACAAGACCCACUGAUAGAGGGCUACCAACGAGUCGCGUCUUCUGGCCGCAUCCCAAAGCUAGUGACAAUGCGAGGGUCAUGUACUUUCAUCCCAAUUGGAGUCCAGGAGAAAUCUUCCCUCUUGGAGUCACAAAUGUUGUAUAUGUCGCUGAAGACUCCGAGGGAUUGAGAACAAAAUGCAGUUUUACUGUCACCGUAACUGAUAAUGAAGCACCAACAUUUAUAUUUUGCCCGCCAAACAUUGAAAAGAGCACCGAUUCAGCGGGAAGGUUUGACCGUCCUACAUGGCCGACCCCACGGGCAACAGACAACUGUGGCCCGCCGGUGAUUAUGGCGAGCCGCCCACCAAGGGAGUUCGUUCUCGGAGAAAAAGCUCCGAUACAAUACGAAGCCACGGAUAGCUCUGGAAAUAAUGCAACCUGUUUGUUUUAUGUCACCGUUUUAGAUAACACCCCUCCAGUUAUAAAUAACUGCCCAUCAGACAUCAGAAUCACGACCGAUCCUGGAUCCCCAACUGGGCGUGGCAACUGGACCACGCCCUCGGCAACAGACAAUGGUGAACUCAUUGGAUUUUCAUCCAACUUGAACCCUGGUGAUGCUUUCCGAAUUGGCCGCACCAGAAUUAUGUACAUGGCUGUCGACAAAGGAGGGUUAAUGUCAAAGUGUCGUUUCUCAGUCACCGUUGUAGACAGCGAACCACCAGUUUUUACAAACUGUCCUUCAGACUACAACUUGGUAACCGAUGCUGAGGGCAAAUUUAAUUACCCCACUUGGGAGAGGGUUGGAGCCACUGACAACUCGGGCAACGAACCUUCUGUUACCACAGACUUUAGGUUCAAGAUGUUUCAACUGAACACGAGAACUCGUAUUGAAUAUGUGGCAAGUGAUGACUAUGGCAACAAUCAGACUUGUGUAUUUCAUGUUUCAGUAACAGAUGGCACCCCACCGGAAAUUGGACAGUGCCCCAGUGACAUCACAGUGUCUACAGACUUCCGCUCUUCUACCAGCCGUGUGAACUGGUCACUUCCCUCUGCGACAGACAACAGCAAACAGGUCACUCUCUUAUCCAAUAUUGAAAGAGGACAAAGCUUCCGGCUUGGAAUGACGAUGGUCCAAUAUACAGCGAUCGACCCUGUGGGAUUGACAGCCGAAUGUAACUUCACUGUGACAGUACAGGAUACUGAGGAGCCAGUGUUUGCAAGCUGCCCUGCAGACUUUAAAAGGACCACAGACCCCAACGGCGAGUUUGAUGCCCCUGUCUGGGAGACUCCAAGCGCUGUGGACAAUGUUGAUGGUCCAGUGGAAGUAACCACAACAUACGAAUUCAAGCCAAUUGAACUGGAUGUCACAACCCCAAUCAAGUAUACAGCAAUAGAUGAGGCAGGCAAUAAUGCCACUUGUGCAUUCAGUGUGUUGAUCAAAGAUGAGACACCCCCAGUUAUCAGCAGCUGCCCAACAGACAUCAGUCUCACCACAGAUCCAGGUUUGCCGACUGGGCGUGGCAACUGGACCACGCCCUUUGCAACAGACAAUAGUAAACAUGUCAGACUGAUAUCCAAUUGGGAUGCGGGUGAUGAUUUUCAGAUUGGAACGACUGAGGUUACGUACACGGCAAUCGACAAUGCUGGGUUGACAGCAAGUUGUCAGUUUACUGUUACUGUCGUAGACAAUGAGCCACCAGUCUUUGUGAACUGUCCAUCCGACUUCGACCUGUUCACCGACGCUAACGGCAAAUUUAACUACCCAAUGUGGGAUUUGGUACAAGCUACCGAUAACUCUGGCAUUGAACCGACCGUCUCCACAAACUUUGUAUUUCAGAUGUUCCAAUUAAACACAAGGACUCCAAUAAAGUAUACAACAGCUGAUGCCUAUGGGAACAAUGAAUCUUGUGUGUUUUACGUUUCAGUGACAGACGGCACCCCGCCCGAAUUUGAAGAGUGUCCGAGUGACAUGACAGUGUCCACAGACUUCAAUGCUCCAACCGGACAAGUCAAUUGGUCUAUCCCUGUUGCCGCAGACAACACCAAGCAGGUUACCCUCUUAUCCAACAUGGAGCCAGGGGACAACUUCCGAGUUGGGAAAACGAUGGUCAAAUACACAGCUGUUGACCCCGCCGGCUUGACAUGUGAAUGUAAUUUUACUGUGACGGUAAUUGAUGACGAGAGUCCCAUGUUUAUGGACUGCCCAGCAAACUUUGAGAGGACCACAGGCCCAAAUGGCGAGUUCGUUGCUCCUGUCUGGGAGACUCCUAGUGCCGUUGACAAUGUUGAUGGUCCAGUUAAAGUAACCACUACAUACAAAUUCAAGCCGUUUGAAUUUGGUGUCCGGACGCCCAUUGUGUACACAGCAAUGGAUGCGGCAGGGAAUAAUGCCACUUGUGCAUUUGAUGUCCUUAUAAAUGAUGAAACCCCACCAAUCAUCGAAAACUGCCCUUCCGAUAUCACCAUCCCCACUGACCCGGGCCAGCCUACCGGUCAAGCCAACUGGACGCUACCCAAAGCAUCAGACAAUGGGCCAGGCGUUGGGCUUGUUUCAAGGUGGAACCCUGGUGAUGACUUCCCACUGAGAAGGACAAAGGUCAUCUAUACAGCAAUAGAUGCGGCAGGGUUAAAGGUCAAGUGCCAGUUUUUCGUCACAGUAAUAGAUAUCGAAGGCCCAGUUUUUACCUCAUGCCCUCAAAACAUUGAGCGAAGCACAGAUGCAGACGGUGAGUUUGAAUACCCGAUGUGGCCACGCCCUAUCGCCAUUGACAACUCCGGCCUGACACCAGAUAUCACAACCUCUUUUACGUUCAUUAUGUUCCCUUUGGAGACAGACACCCCGAUUGAGUAUCUCGCAACAGACCAAGCUGGAAAUACUGGCAAGUGUGACUUUUAUGUUCGGAUUAAAGAUGGAACACCCCCUCAGAUCACAGGCUGUCCCGGUGACAUCACCAUCUCCAUUGACCCAAGGUCAACAAGCGGUGGCGCAACAUGGACGACACCCAGUGCUAACGAUAACGGGAGAAUAGUCAGCUAUGAGCCAAACAUCAACCAGAGUUAUGAGUUUCCGCUGGGAGACACAAAUGUGACCUACAUCGCAACGGACUCUGUUGGGUUAACUUCAGAGUGUCAGUUUACAGUCACAGUUGAAGCACGGUGUAACUUAUCCCUAUCGACUCCCGGACAGAAAAACAACUACAACUACAAAUUCAUGUUCCCUUUGGCCACGUCGGAAGAGGAGGAUAAAAUGCGCUUUGAUUUUGCCGUCCGGUCAGGCGGAACCGUGUUUGUUGCCCUGGCAGAAGAUAGGGAAAGUCCACAUGUUUACGAGAUUGGUAUUGGAAGCAAAUCUUUCAUGAGAUGUGGAGUUUUAUGCAAGCCCCGCUACGUCACCAAGCGUACGCCUGGUAUCCUUAACCCCUCCAACCAGUUCCAUCGAUUCUGGAUCACCUACACCAAUAAUGGAUUGAUCCAAGUGGGCAAAGGGAGUGAGAAACCAUUCAUGCAAUGGCAGGAUCCAUCCACCCCCCUGGAUAUUCAAAUCAUCGGAAUAGCCUCAUACCAGAAAGCUGAUUGGAUAGGCUACUUAUGCAAAUACCAAGCCAAACGGAUGAUUGGUCAGUUAUAACAAAAGGCAAGGCUGGUCCUUACCACUCUUUGUUAUAAUUAAACCUUUGAAGACAUUUCCGUUACGCUUCAUUUUAAUUGGUGGAUCCUGAUAGUCAUUUUACUAAAAAAUACAAAAAUGUUUCAUUUACCAAAGAAAAAAGUCUUUAUCUACGCCCUGCCAUUUAUUGCCCCGCCCAUUCCCCCAAUCUUUCCCGGAUCCACCACAAUAUAAGUUCAUAUGGUUUAUGGUAUUUACUUUUCUUUUAAAAUGUAUUCUAUUAAUGGUUUAUAAAAUUAGGACAUAAAGUAUGAAUUGAGAAGCCAGUGGACUGGCUUGUAUUCCAAAACUCUUUUUAUACAAAGCAUGCUUGAAGCUGCAUUUACUAGAAACCAUCCUCAUUCUAACAAAAUACUGAUAUGGUUAUUACUCCACAUCUAAACUAAUGGACUCUGAUUAUGGUGAUAUGUCUGAUCCAAUGUUAAGCAUGAUCAGUUUACUGGUGCAGUCCUCAGUCC